CCCGCCUUCACCAUGAGCGGCCGGGCCCGCCAGCGCCGGGCCAGCGACACACCCGGGCCAGCCUAUUACUCCCCCGAGCUGGCCGACAGGAUGACCCUGCCCUCGGCCCCCGCCUGCUCCGUCACGUCCCGCGGCCGCCAGGACAAACCGCAGCAGACGCCAGGCCCUGGCAGCUACCAGCUGCCCCCCGUGAUGGGCCCACACCUGGUGAACAAGAAAUCGGCUCCUCAAUGCACCAUGACCGGGAGAGGCCCCAGCAUUUUCGAAAACAAGAAAACGACCCCAGGACCCAGCAAAUACAGCACCGUGGACACCAAUGUGUACAUGACGCGCGCUCCCCGCUGCACCAUGACGGGCCGGAGCCGCCCCCGCGCCGUCUCACACACCCCCGGCCCCAGCGACUACAGCCCCAAGCAGAGCCAGAAACAAGGACAGACGUUCGGCGUGCGCCACUCGGAAAGCGUGAUCCCCGUGAUGGACUCGCGCCCGUAGGGGGGAGCGGGGACGGGGGUGACA